UAAUUUUUACUAUCUUAUUGAAAUUGUUGAGAACAAACACCAACCUCAUCCAGAACCUUCGAUAACUCCUUAUGUUAUCUAUGACUACCCUUUAAUCUUUUAUCUCCACAAAUUCAUUUCUCACUCACUUCAACGUCCAUCUUCUUCUCCAUUUUCACUUGACCCUAAAUAGAUGGCGUCAAGUUUUGUAACCAUGUCCGCUGUUGGAUCUUUGAUAUCUAUGGGAAGCCACUCUAUUGACAAGAGAAGUUUUAGCUCAUCUCACAAAUUAUCUUCUUUUGAUUGCAUAUCUUCGAGUUUCUCGAAAAACAAUCAGAUUAACAUAGUACCCAGGAAAAGGUGCUCCUUUAAGAUUAGUGCCGCUACAAAAAAAUUGCAUUUCAACAAGAAUGGUUCUGCUAUAAGGAAACUACAAGCAGGUGUGAAUAAGCUUGCAGAUGUGGUGGGGGUUACUCUCGGUCCUAAAGGGAGGAAUGUGGUUCUGGAGAGCAAGUAUGGCUCCCCUAGAAUUGUUAAUGACGGUGUGACUGUGGCCAAGGAGGUUGAACUCGAAGAUCCUGUCGAGAAUAUUGGUGCACAGCUUGUUAGACAAGCUGCUUCUAAAACUAAUGAGUUAGCAGGUGAUGGGACCACUACAUCUGUAGUUUUAGCUCAAGGUUUGAUUGCUGAAGGUGUAAAGAUUGUAUUAGCUGGGGCAAACCCUAUUCAAAUAGCCAAGGGGAUUGAGAAUACUGCAAAAGGUUUAGUAGCUGAGUUGAAGAUAAUGUCCAAAGAGAUAGAAGACAAAGAACUUGCAGAUGUUGCUGCUGUGAGUGCAGGAAACAACUAUCAAAUAGGUAAUAUGGUUGCUGAUGCCUUGGGCAAAGUAGGGCGCAAGGGUAUUGUGACUCUCGAAGAAGGAACCAGUUCUUCGGAUAGCUUGUAUGUUGUCGAAGGAAUGCAAUUUGACCGUGGCUAUUUCUCACCCUACUUUGUCACUGAUAGCGAGAAAAUGAUUGUUGAAUAUGAGAACUGUAAGUUGCUCUUGGUUGAUAAGAAAAUUACAACAGCGAGGGACCUUGUUAAUGUUCUGGAAGAUGCAAUCAAGAACAAUUAUGCAGUGGUGAUAAUGGCAGAAGAUAUAGAACAAGAACCGCUUGCUACAUUAGUUGUAAACAAACUCAGAGGAUCGCUUAAGAUUGCUGCAAUGAAAGCACCAGGUUUUGGAGAUAGGAGACAGCAGUAUAUGGAUGAUAUUGCUAUCCUUACUGGAGGAACUGUGAUCAGAGAUGAGGUUGGUUUGUCACUGGACAAAGUUGGCAAAGAGGUGUUGGGACAUGCUGCAAAAAUUGUGCUCACAAAGGAGACAGCUACCAUUGUUGGGGAUGGAAGCACGCAAGAAGCAGUUGUCAGGAGAAUUGCUCAGAUUAAGAAACUAGUUGAGGAUGUCGACUCGAACUAUGAGAAAGACAAACUAAAUGAAAGAAUUGCAAAACUUUCCAGCGGGGUUGCCGUUAUUCAGGUUGGAGCACAAUCUGAGACUGAGCUCAAAGAAAGGAAGCUGCGAGUGGAGGAUGCUCUUUGUGCAACAAAGGCAGCUGUAGAGGAAGGUAUAGUUGUAGGUGGAGGGUGCACCUUGCUGCGUCUAUCGACUAAGGUUGAUGCCAUCAGGGAGAGACUUGAAAAUAAUGAACAAAAGCUUGGAGCAGAUAUCGUCAAACGAGCUCUUAGUUAUCCACUGGACCUGAUUGCCAAGAAUGCAGGAGUAAACGGAGCUGUCGUAAUAGAAAAGGUUCUCUCCAAUGAUGACCAAAAUUUCGGAUACAAUGCUGCAACAGGAAAAUACGAGGAUCUGAUGGCUGCUGGAAUCAUAGAUCCUACCAAGGUGGUAAGGUGUUGCUUAGAGCAUGCUGCCUCUGUUGCAAAGACAUUCCUCACAUCAGAUGCUGUGGUCACCGAAAUCCCGGAGCCAGAACUUGCACCUGCUGCAAACCCAAUGGACAACUCGGGUUUCCCACCAUACUAAGCGCCAUGUUGAGAGUCCUGAAUACAACUUCAACCAGUGCAUGUCAUUCUUUAAGGUUCUAGAAUGGUGAUGUUUGGAAGAGAAUUUUUCCAAAUAAUACGAUGCAAAUUUAAAACAAUACGGGUGGCGUGAUCGUAAUGAAAAGGAUCUUAUGUUAAACAAGAUUUUAUCUCUUGUUUGUGUUUCUUAGAGCAAUUUUGAGAGGGAUAGUGGCAGGAACAAAUAUCUGAUGUAGGCUGAUGUAGUUGGUGAUAACAGGGUGUUCAGGUAACUUACCCAAUUUUUGAGUAUAAUUAUAAAAAAUCUAUUGUUAUCCCUUCAGCUGGUGCUUAGAGAUAUGAUUAUAAACUAUUAAGGCUGUUCUCUUUUUUUUUAUCAAAUAAAGAGGUCUGUGUUUUCAUA